AUGAGCACAGAUGAGGAGUGGCUACAGAUUACGACACUACCAUAUCUAGUGACUUCGAUAGGCCCGGUGGCGAGCUGGUCGGUGGAUGACUAUGUAGCGGUCGCUACUGAGAAGGUGGUCUAUGUAUUGGAUGCUACGGCUUUCUUAGAAGGGACGACUCGAUCAGCACUAGCGGCUGCAGGGGUGACUGGUCCGGUACGACUCUUGAAAGGACAAAUAACUCCUUCAAGGCAGAUUACUGGUGGGGAAUUUCAAGCUAAGAGAUUAAAAUUGGAAAAUGGGGAGGAGGAGUUCCAUGCUGCAAAGUUGUUAUCUCGUCGAAGAGGCUCCGACAAGGAAGUGAAGUUGAAGGCUAUGGCGUUGCUGGAAGGAGGCAUUAAGGCGGCGACCAAUAGGUCUAGGGACCAUCCUGAGCCGGUGAAGAGGGUAUCUACAGCAGGAGGACAGAGCAAGAGGAAGAAGAAAACUGAUAAGAAGUCAACGAAUAGUAGGAAGAAGUCUGCGUCUACGAAGAGGAAUGCCCAGCAGCCGAAAAGCAAAGCCAAGAAGAGGCGUAGUAUUGUGAGGAGUGAUUCGGAGUCUGAGGAGGAUGAUGAUGAUGAUUCUGAUUUCCACAUGGAAUCAGAACCUGAAUCGUCAUCCUCUGAUGAUGAUGAUGCCAGUGGAUUGGUACCAGAAAACUCGGAAGCCGAUGACUUGAGUCCCUCUCGUCCCCAUCAGAGAGGCUCUACGGGGAGCAACAGUAGUGCCCCUGGUAUACCCCUGGGGGCCUCCAAUCUACUCGGUCAGUGUGGAGGACCUGCUGGGGUUCAGGACUUGUGGGUUGGCGAUGUUCAACGUGUUGCGGGCGAGAACUCGUCUACCCAAGCGGAUAUCCUCACCCUAUUACAACAGCAUUACUCUGUGAUGAGUACCAGCCCCAAGUCGGUACACUGGUCCCCUGGCUAUGCAUGUGGUCAGGGUCCGGAUUGUCCAGCAUUGGCAGACCUGAAUCCAUCGGAGGCAUGGGCAGCCCCACCCUCGAAAACGCCACCACUGAUAACUAUAGAACCGGACGGGCAAUGUGGUCAGCCAAUUGAACUAGGUCCUCGGCCACUUCCCCUCACCGUAGUGUAUCCAUCGUUUUCCCAAUCCCCCAUCGCCAGUUCCCGUACAGAUGCUGUUGUAACGUGGGCUCCUAGGAAGAUAGGGCCAACCAGUUCGGCUUUUAUCGUUUGUCAUGGUACUCUGGCUCUGUUCUGGGACAUUGCUCCUGAGGCAUCAAGGUUGGUGAUCCUCUUGGAAUAUAUGUUUGCUCAGGAGUUCUCUCACUGGUUAUAG